AUGAACGCUUUGGAACUCGUACUCGUUCCUCCCCCUCCUCUUCCCUUUCCCUUAUCACCUACUCUGUGUCUAUUCGUCGUCCCAUUCAAAUGCGAUCGUCCGCGGGAACGAAACUUAUGCGCAGUUACUGGUCGUCCGGCUCGAUAUAUGGAUCCAGUCACCAAUUUACCGUACUCUACACCAUAUGCCUUCAAAGUGAUAAGGGAUAGAUACCACAAACAUUUAAGAACCCUGAGAGGAAAUGAGGAGGUAAACUCAUACUUGGCUAGUUUAAAAGCACUGCCAACUCCUCCGAUGUCUCCCCGAACGUCCACAGUAAACCCUGGACAGACUACUUCUGGAGCUACUGCUAAGAGUUCUGCCAUUCUGAUGAAACAUUGA